UAUAAUUUGUUAAUAUUGCUUGUUUAUUAUUAAAUCAACUAUAGUCAAGUAGCUUUUCUACCAUAGUCUUCCUUCUCUUAUUUUCGUAUGCACCUUAGCCCUUGUAGCUCUCCUCGUCUUCUUGAAUCCCAAUUUAAAUAGAAUAUAUUUACUACAGUCCUAACCAAGUUUCUCUAGUCACAUGAAAAAUUUUAUAUGUUGCAAGUAUAACCUUUAUUAUAUAAUGGGGGGAGGAAGGGAGAGGGAAGGGUGCUCUCCUAUUAACCUAUUAUUUGACUAACAUAUAUCAAACAACUUCAAGCAAGACCCCAAUGGUACAAACUUUCGAACAUCUUCUUAUCAUGGAAGAAUUAUUCAUUACGUCUUCGAUACAAGAGGUAUCAGCAUCAUAUCAGAGAGAUCUAUAUUACGGAUGCUAUAUUCUCUGUGCUUGUUUUCGAGAAUCGUAUUACGGCCCUUCUUCUUUCCUUUGUCAAAUGUUGCUUCAGGGGGGGUUUUUGUCAUACUUCUUUUGCUCGAUAUUAAUGAACCACUCAAAUAUCGAUAUAUUGAGGUCAAGAGAUGUCUUUCUUGCAAACAAAACUUUCUAUGUCUUGUUGUAUUCCUAAAAACAAAACAAAAAAAACGAAAAUAUGACUGUGCGCUUUAGGUUUCUGCUUUGACUGUAUUAUUUGAUUCAUGCCAUGUACAUUAAAUUAUAUAAGUGGUGAAUUUUCUGAAUCAAAGGAUUGUUAUUUGUUGGUCAUGGAUAACACAUCUAUGCGAAACUUCUAUUGAUUAGUUUAAGUCUAUCAUAAAAAAAAAAGAAGUCAACAGAAGUCUGUAAUGAUGCUUCUUAUACUUAUCAUCUUUAAGACUCUAUUCAAAUUUUUGUGAAUAUUUUUGAAUUAUACUUUACAAAAAUAAUUUAUUUAAUAUCCUUCAAACUUUAUGUGUGUUUUACUUUAAACAAAUAUUUUCAUUAUA